AUGAAGGAAAACGCUGUACUUAAGUGGCAAAAAGUUUACAACCCCAGCGGUCCUCAACCCCGACCUCGUCAUGGACAUCGCGCAGUUGCCAUUAAAGAUUUGAUGAUAGUUUUCGGCGGCGGAAAUGAAGGGAUUGUUCAUGAGCUUCAUGUCUUCAACACCUCAACAAAUCAAUGGUUCGUUCCUGUUACAAAAGGCGAGGUGCCUCCGGGAUGCGCCGCGUAUGGUUUUGUCGUCGACGGAACGAGACUUCUGGUUUUUGGCGGCAUGGUGGAGUACGGCAAGUAUUCUAACGAUCUUUAUGAACUCCAAGCUUCACGGUGGGAAUGGAAACGUUUAAAACCUCUUCCACCGAAGCAGGGUCUACCACCCUGCCCCAGACUCGGUCAUAGUUUUACCUUAUUGAAUGGGAAAGUUUACUUAUUUGGUGGUCUAGCUAAUGAAAGUGAUGAUCCCAAAAAUAAUAUUCCAAGAUAUCUAAAUGAUUUAUAUACUCUUGAGUUGUAUCCAAGUUCUUCAAUGACAGUUUGGGAUAUACCACUGACAUAUGGCCAGUCUCCACCGCCGCGGGAAUCCCAUAGUGGAGUUGCAUAUACUGAUAAAAGUUCUGGGAAGUCAUCUCUCAUCAUUUAUGGUGGCAUGAGUGGCUCGCGACUUGGAGACUUGUGGGUACUGGAUGUAGACAGUAUGUCAUGGUCGCGACCUGAGUUAGGAGGUCCGGCUCCUCUUCCCCGGUCGCUACACACAGCCACGGUUAUUGGUCAUCAUAUGUAUGUUUAUGGUGGUUGGGUCCCUCUUGUUCCUGAUGAGUCAAAACUUGCCACUCAUGAAAAAGAAUGGAAAUGUACAAACACACUUGCCUCCCUUAACUUAGAAACCAUGACAUGGGAUAAUAUAGCUCUAGAUAAAUUUGAAGAAUGUGUACCAAGAGCAAGAGCGGGUCAUAGUGCAGUGGCUAUACAGACAAGACUUUACAUAUGGUCUGGCAGAGAUGGAUAUAGGAAAACAUGGAAUAAUCAGAUCUGUUGUAAAGAUCUCUGGUAUCUUGAAGUAGGGGUGCCUCCACAAGCAGGCCGAGUGGCCCUCGUACGAGCAGGGACCACAUCUCUAGAGCUGUGCUGGCCAGGCAUGAGCACUGUAACUACAUAUCUUCUACAAGUACAAAAAUGUGGUAAGGUGACACCUGCACGGUUUCCAGCUGCAGCAGAACCUGUAGCGGCUCCACCUCCUGCUUCUCCUGUUGCUUCACAAGCAGAUGCUACAAAAGCAUUUGGAUUGACUUCACCAAUAACAACUGGUUUGCCACCAACUCCUGCAGAAUUACCAGUUCGGCCUGUUGUAGCAGCUGCUUCUCCUGCACCUGCACCUGUAGCUGCGUCUACUCCUCAAAAGAUUGUUUCAAGUUCAAUUAAAGUUCCCACACAAUCAGCUACUGUCAAGAUAUCUCCGAACACACCUACUCUUAAACAGGCCUCAUACCAAGGAAAAACUGUUGUAAAACCAGCACCAGGUUCGUCACAACAAAUCAAAGUGGCGUCUGUUACACCACAGGGAGUCACGAGAAUUGUAAGUGGAGUUGGAACUCCUAGCACAGUGAGGGUGUCAACUGCACAGUCCAAUGCACAGAUUGUACUAGGGGCUACUACCGGUUCAGGAACGCCAAGGUUUGUUCAGGUCAAAACAGGAACAAGUACAGGAGUACCGGUGAAACUAAGUGCUGGUAAUGUUCCUGUAAAAUUAGCUGGUAAUGCCGUGCCUCUCAAGAUUGGAGCUGCUAACAUCCAAGGCAAGAUUGCAACGAAUAGCAUUCAAAAGGUUGGUCAAGUUGCAACAACUAAUAUGCCCCUGAAACUUGGAGCUGGCAAUGUUAAAAUCGGCACGAGCAAUGUACUUGUAAAAACUGCUGGGGGGGUACCAAUUCAAGCAGGAGUUGCAAAUCUACAGGCAAAAGUUGCAGCAGGUGUCCCUGUUAAGUUAGGGGCAGGUAACUUACCUGUUAUUGGCAGUGGGGGUGGAACUAUACAAAUAGCAGGAAGUGCACUCGGAGGGCAGCAAGUUAAAGCACCAGUGUACAAGAUAGUUACAGCUAAAUCAAGUGAGCAGGUAACAACGGCUACAAGUGCGGGGGCAGCUACGGGGGCUACAGUCCUCAGACAAGCUGGAAGUAAUGCAGGCAUCCCUGUUAUUAUCAAGAAGACACCCGGAGCUGGCUCACAAGCAACCUCCACACCUCAGUAUGUUACCCUUGUAAAGACGUCGACAGGAAUGACAGUAGCAACAAUGCCUAAAAUGGCAAUGAUGCAGAAUAGACCUGCUGUGUCAGUAAGCGCGGCGCAGGCACAGGGCAUAGCUCCAGGCGCUACUAUUGUGAAAUUGGUAUCUGCAAACACCAUGGGUGGUAAUAAAAUCAUUACACUGCCUUCUAAUAUGCUGCAGCUGGGUAAGUCUAGUGUUGGUGGCAAACAGACAAUUGUGAUUACUAAGUCGGCGGGUCAGGCGACGCAGCCAGGCCAACCACAGUGA